AUUUCCAGCGAGCCUACCGAAUGAUUUGCACGAUAUUUAAUAUACCUCUAAAGCUGAAAGAAUUUAGUACCCGCAUUAUUUAUGAGCCUCGUAAUCCGACAGAGAAUAAUGCUCAAGUCUUUACCUGUUCAUAUAUUAACGAUUUGUCUUUUAUUCACGGAUUUCGUUAAGUCUGGUGUGCCAAUUGCAACUGGCGGACCUUCAAUAAUAUUGGAAAACAAAGAUGCAUUGCUAACUUGUGUGGUAUCUGAGAACUCUGCCAAUAACACAGUAAUAUGGAAAAAGGGUGAUGAAAUAUUAACCGCUGGCACAGUACGCGUAACAAAGGAUCAUCGUAUACGGAUUUUGCACGAUGAGAAUCCUAAAGAACGAAGUAUGGAUACGGGUGGGGAGGUCUGGGUCCUCUUGAUAAAGAAUUUGAAAGCAAGCGAUUCGGGUGCUUAUAUAUGUGAGGUUAACUCAGAUCCUGUUCUGCGAAGCAUACGUAUAUUGACAGUCAAAAGCCUUCCCACUUCAACGGGAGAGCAUCCAAAUUCGACCGAUAUGGCCACUGUCGAGUCUACUGAUGUAUUUCUUCUACCUCCUCCACUGAAUGCGCAGGACAAUCGCAGUUUUUGGCGACCAAGUCAAGUGCCACCUUUAAUAACACAUGAUUUUACCGAGUGCUGUGAGCGUGCCAAUGUGUCAAGUCAAUGCAUGGGCUUUUGCAAUGUCCACAACAUUUUGGAUGGGACGACGGGCAUCGAUCCCGAAGCAUGUGAAAAGGAUUUCCCUAGUAUAGUUCGCUGCAUGGCCGAUGGCAGGAACCAUGUGCCAUGCUGUGUCGAAAAGCAGAUCCCAGAUUUGUGUCAAGAUAUGUGUCGUGGAGAGUAUACACCCUUUACAGAUAAGCUGAAGACGCGGGUAUCCUGUGUUCAGCACACUUUAAGUGGUUUGAAAUGUAUACUGAAAGGGGUGCAGUUGAUCCCAAGCAUGCCCACGUUGCUGACCAUCGAUCACGUGAGUGAGACCAAAGUAAAUGUUAGUUGGGAACCGCCAGAGAAAUUAAGUGAUCGUGUCAAUAGUUAUGCUGUAAAUCUCACAACUUUGCACAGUUUCGACCAAGAUGAACUAAGCGGCGAAGUGAUACAUAAAACUUCUUUAUAUCCCGCAGAAACGUCCACACUGUAUAGUGUUUUGCCAAAUCAAACAUCUCUGACUCUUACGAGUCUAAUACCCCUUACAAUGUACGCCGUCAUUGUGACGGCGGUCAAUGAAUUUGGCUCGAGCUUACCUAGUGAGCGAUUGCGUUUUUUCACUCACACUUCUGCUUCGGCUACCGAAUCGCAAGCAGGCAAUGCAAAUAAACAGACAAUGCCCAAACUGCCGGACAUUCGAAACUGUUGUGAGUCCAAGGGCAUGACUCAUCGAAUGUGUCUGGACAAGAUGUGCGAUCCACAGAAAACCGAUUUGGCCACACUGCCAGACUUUAUGGUAUGUGCUCCUUGGUCUAAUAUCACAUUCACAUGUUUGGCCAACAACUUGGAUCAUACAAAUUGCUGUCGUGCUCGUGGAAUACCUUCAGCGUGCUUCCCACUCUGUGAGGGAAAGUUGACAUCAUUAGAUUUCAGUUUGUUUAAAUGCCUUCGCUUUAUGUCUGAAUACAGUAGUUGUCUAUUUCAAGGCUAUGGGGUUCUAGCUGAUCCACCAUCUAAACUGCGUACGGUGGCCAAAACGGACAAUUUCGUAAUACUGGAUUGGAAUAACCCCAAGCGUCUGGCCGAUACGGUCAUUACAUAUCAUGUAAAAUUUCGUCGACUUGGUGUAGGCGAUGACUACCUGACUGUGGAGAAGCACCAACCUCCGCUAAUACUUGAAGGGCUCGACGCGGAUGUCUACUACGAGUUCUAUGUGGUGUCAAUUAAUAGGUAUGGCAAGAGUGAGCCAUCGCCGCGCCUUAUAACACGCACACAACCCGCUGAGCAAAUGCAAUCCCAGCCAUCCAAAUACAACAUGACAACAUGUUGCCAGGCAUCAGGUCUUUUACCACAAUGUGCCCCUCUCUGUUCGUACAACAUUCGGCUGUCGGACAUUGAGCGUCUGGGUCCGGCAUGUCGAGCACAAAUGCCUAUCCUGGUACGUUGUGCUGCUGGUGGACGGGAUCACAGUCCUUGUUGUAGUCGACGCGGUGUCAUUAACACCUGUAUGCCACUUUGUCGUGGCGUUAUGCCGCUUGCGUUGACCACAAAAUCGGCCACUGCGGCAGCUGCAGCUUCAACAAACAGUGGAACCGUGGUAGCAGGUGCUGCAACUUUAACGUCGUCAGCAGCGCCGCCAACAUCAGGGAGUAACUAUAUGCCCGAUUGUUUAUCAUAUGCAGGCAACAUUCUGCAAUGCUUUGAGGAAGGCACCCAAAAUAUACCUGGACCACCUGAAGACGUGCAUGCCACGUUUGUGAACCAAACUACAAUCAGUUUGGUCUGGUCGCAGCCCGAUGUGGAUAAUUACUCAACGGGUUUCAGCAUGUCUUCACCGCUGGACUUGGUUACUGGCGAUGAGCUGGCUGCAGUAGCUGGUAAUGUUGCAACUCCCCGGAAUGCGGAUGUGGAAAAAGAGAUGACAUCAUCAGAGUUUACCACCCCAAGUCCUGCUGAUGAUAUUGAUUUUAUUGUACAAUACGGCAAAGUCAAUGACAUGACCAUGUAUGAGACAGUUGCCAAAUUAGAAAAUGAAUUGACCACAAAUGAGACGAGUAUCGAUUUAACAGAUUUGGAACCGAAUGUCUUAUACAGGAUCACAGUGGUGACGCGUGGGAACUACGGGACCUCGUUACCAGCUUCUAUGCUGCUAGUGGAUACCUCGAAUAAUAAUACAAAUGGACAGCAAAAUGGUACCUGGGCUGCCCCCUCACCACCGCACUCCCUUACUGUGGCGGGUCACAGCGCCACAUGGAUGCAAUUGACUUGGCAGCCGCCGGAAUAUGCGCAUCCACACGAACGUAUGACGUACAGAGUCUACCACAAGCCUAUGAAGGCGGAAAAAUUUAUAAAAAUCGAAACAAAAUUAGCUUGGUUGCGUAUGAUUAAUCUCAAGCCCAGCUCGCAGCAUGUUUUAUAUGUCGAGGCUGUGGGAGAGAAGGGCGUUUCUUUGCCAUCAGAAACGUUGGUGGCUUGGACGGAUCCAGCUCUGCCCGCCUUUGUCGAUCCACCAACUGUCCAUCCUGCGGACAACAUUCCCGAGGGGGGCUCGAUGACCAUUCUAUGCUUGGCGUUGGGCAAUCCAGCGCCCACCAUCUCACUUUAUGUGGGCGGACACUUGGUACGUCAGGAUACCUCGAGGCACAUGGUCACUGUCAUUCAUAAUGUUUCAGCAGAUAUGGAGCACGUCUCUUGCUAUGCCGAUAACGGCUAUGGUGUGCCAAUGCAGGCCACUCGCAGGGUGAAUGUUUGCUAUCCUCCGAAAAUCCAAGCUGCCGGCAUUACCGUAGCAUCUGUUGGCGAUGAAAUCGAGCUGCGUUGCACAGUGGACUCCAAACCAGCGCCAAAAACUAUAUUCUGGCGUGAAAAGGAAGGCCGUAUUCCUGUCAUCACGGGCGGCAACUAUUACGUCUCGGUCCGAACCAACGACACACGAUCUUCAAUUUAUACAAUGUCCUUGCGCAUAAACAAGCUGCAGACUAACGAUGUGGGCGACUACUUUUGUCAUGCAGAGAACCCCUUUGGAGCCACCACCAUUCCGGUUUCAGUACGCAUACGUCAAACGCCCGCUUUGAAUCACAAUGUUACCGAAUGCUGUGCCGAGCAAAAUGUUUCGCUAGCCUGUCGCAGUGCGUGCAGCUAUUAUGUGGACUUUGAUGCCAUAGCUGAUAAGCCCGAAUGCAUUGUCGAAUUUGAUAAAUUGAUGCGCUGUGCUGCAGAUGGCUCUGAUCAUCGAUCGUGCUGUGCUGAUGAGCAUGUGCCACGGAAGUGCUUAAACUGGUGUCGGGGCGAGUCAGUGCGCUCCAAAGAGAUUUGUAGUUUACAAUAUGCCCGCACCAUUGUGGGGUGCUUUGAAAAAAAUCGUGAUAGAUUGCCUGGACCGCCGGAAAACAUUGUAAUUAGUGUAAUGUCAGAUAGCGAAGUGAGCAUCAGAUGGGAUGCGCCAACAAAAAAUCCAAGUGCCGUUGACGGCUAUAGAAUAUUUUACCAUGAGGCCGCCGUAUUGCCAUCAACAACAAGCGAUCCUUCGUCGGCAAUGAAGCCAGGGCCAGGAAAUGGCAUGGAUACCAUGAAUAAUGCAACAAGUAUGAGUAGCGGUGCUACUGCUGCUCUCGAGAUACGGCGCAUCGAUGUAAAGGACACAACAAUAAGCAUUAAUGGCCUCAAGAAGGAUGUGCUGUAUGAGCUGGUAGUGAAAGCUGGAAAUACCUACGGUGCCAGUGUUCUGACCAAUCCUAUUAGAUUCACGCUCGGAGAAAAUCAUGUGACCUCCGCCACGAGUAGCUAUUCCAGUGCUGUCGGCACUAUUAGUGGCAUUGUAGCAAGUAUUUUGGCCAUUUUGUUAGCUGCCGCUGCUAUUGUAUUCUAUCGUCGUCAACGCCUUAACCACGGCAAGACUGGCAAUGGCAAUGUGGCAUUCGAGAACCCAACUUAUACGCGAGGCUUGGAGCAGGUGCAGUUACCCACUGUCACAUCGGCUAUCACAACAGAAAAUGGCCACCAUCAUGGUGGCGGGAGCGGUGGUGGGGCCGCAACCAACGGCAACAGCAACAGCAGCGACAGCAACAGCAAUAACAGUAAUAUCAUCUAUAAUGGCAAUGCUGCCACAAUGACGACAUCCACAACAACAACCGCACCGACGGCAGUAACGACAGGUGGAGGCACAACCGCGUUGAACGGAAGGCACCGUGUCGGCGGUACAGAUGUGGCGCAUCACUUUCACAACCCACUCAGCAAUUGCAAUACGCAGUGCAAUGAAGUAAAUCCCACAAUUUAUGAAGAGCUCAAACUUGGCCAAGAAGGUGCUGGAUUUAAGAAACUUGUGCCAUAAAUGACAAACGCGCACAACACAAGGAACACACACACACACACACACAACAGUCAGACAGAUAGAGCACAGACGAACACCAACCAAGUAUAGCUAUACAGUAUAUCCGUAUAUACAUAUAUCCAUAUAUGUAUAUAUACAUAUACAUAUUUAUAUGUAUGUAUACAUAUAAAUAUAUGCUAAAUGUAGACAUAGGCCGUGUAAACAGCGCAAAGCGCCACACAGACACACUCAUUUAUGUACACUGUGACGUGACAUCUUUACAAAAAAUGCAUUGCGAGAAAGUUUUGGGUACAUUUUUUGCGUAGCUAACAAGGUAAAAACUGCAAAAUAUUUGGGUAGCGUAACGUAAUAAAUUUGUAGUAUGUAACUGUGAUUGAAAAUAAAAAUAUAAUAAUAUAAAUAAUGCUUUAACAUUAUUUGCUUGGUAACAGCAAUCGAAAGAAA